GGUGCAAGUGUGUGGCUCUCAGAUGUCCGGGUCUCUGCCCUUCCCUUCACCCUCUCCCUUUCCCUCAUGCGACUACAGAGAAUGGUCUGCAACCUGGGUGCUGAUUCCAAGCGUGUACCUCCUGGUGUUUGUCGUGGGCUCCCUGGGUAACGGCUUGGUGCUAUGGGUGUACCUGGACCGCCGAGUGAGAGGCUGUGGGAGGAUUGUAAGCUUUGUCAUGACCCUGCCGUUGUGGGCGGCAUACACAGCGCUGGGCUACCACUGGCCCUUUGGCCAAGUUCUGUGUCAGGUGAGCAGUUACAUUGUGGCACUGAACAUGUAUGCGAGCGUGUUUUCUCUGACUGGGCUCAGCGUGGAGCGUUACUGCGUCAUCACACGAAAGCGUGGCAACGGCUCAAAGCAGGGACGGUCAACCACACGCGCCAAGUGGAUUGUGGGUAGUGUUUGGCUGGCAGCUGGAAUCCUGGCACUUCCUGCUCUGCUUCUGCGGACUGUUAGGGAGGUGGAUUUGGAAGAGGGAGAUGAUGGCGAUGGGCAGGAUGGACAUGCGUCCUCCUGUUUGUGUGACAUGGACUACUCCAGUUUGAUCUCAAGUGAGCUGAACCCAGCAGCUUCUGAGCAGGCAGAGCUGAUGUGGUCAGCAGCUUUAGGAUUAAAAUCAACUCUGCUUGGCUUCCUGUUACCUCUUGUAGUGCUCCUGCUCUGCUAUGGCUGGCUAGGGCGGCUUCUUUCCCGACACUUCAGCCUAGGCCCGCGUCCUGAUCAUACGCGCCAACGCAGGCUCCUCCGGAUCAUCAUCACCCUUGUGCUGGCCUUCUUCCUCUGCUGGCUUCCCUUCCACACCAAUAAGACACUAUCCGCUAUGGUGGAACUGGGCAUUCUUCCCUUUUCCUGCAGUUUCGACCAGUGGUUGGUGGCGGCCCAUCCAUACUCCAUCUGUCUGGGCUAUGUGAACAGCUGUUUAAACCCUCUGCUGUAUGCUUGCUGUGAUCCAGCUUUCCGGAA